GUCGCAACAACCAACACCAGCCAAUGGCGACGCCGAGAGACCGAGAAAGAGACCGCGAGCUCCUCAUCCCGGUCGGCGAAGCCCUCGAUGACGUGGCCCCAUCCUCGCCGUCCGUCGCCUGCCCUCCCCCUUGCUCCCACCACCACCACCAGCUCACCGGCGUCGAGGCAUGUUCCAAAGUUAUUCGUAGCUGGGCCUCAAAGAAGUUUAUGACAGGAUGUGUAAUUCUGUCUCCUAUAGCCAUAACAUUUUAUGUUACUUGGUGGUUUAUUCAUUUUGUGGAUGGGUUCUUUUCACCAAUCUAUAGUCAUCUUGGAAUGGAUAUAUUUGGUUUGGGAUUUGUCACUUCAAUUACCUUCAUAUUCUUGGUGGGAGUCUUUAUGUCCUCAUGGUUGGGGGCUUCUGUUCUUGAUCUCGGAGAAUGGUUCAUCAAGAAAAUGCCUCUAGUGAGCUACAUCUAUUCUGCGUCAAAGCAAAUAAGUGCAGCAGUUUCACCAGAUCAAACUUCUCGGGCAUUUAAGGAAGUGGCGAUCCUAAGGCAUCCACGGAUUGGUGAAUAUGCUAUUGGCUUCAUUACAUCUACAGUAACUCUUCGGAAGAAUACAGAUGAUGAGGAGCUUACCUGUGUUUAUGUGCCCACUAAUCACCUCUACCUUGGAGACAUCUUCCUUGUGAACUCGAAAGACAUUAUCAGACCAAACAUAUCCAUCAGAGAAGCACUUGAAAUAAUCGCUUCAGUUGGCAUGUCUAUCCCUCGGACCUUGUCUGUUCUGGAGCCCAGUCCUAGUCACGGAGAGCAUGUUCGAUUAGCAAGAAGCCCAAACAUUUCGAGUACAGGGGGCUAGAGGUGUGUUAUAAAAGUAUCAACGCUUUUGUAAUCAGUGAAUUAACUGAACAACUACCAAUUGUAUGUAUUAAAGAAACAUGUAGACGCUUAAGGGUCAUUAU